AUGAUCCAUGAUUUGUACUGCAGCUGUGGACGGGCUUCGCAAGUUGUGCUGUGCCCAGCACUUUUCCGGAACACUAUGGGGCUUUCGUUGCAGACCACCUCUUUCUUGUGUUUCCUCGUUGUGCAUACUGAUGCUGAGCAGGACAACUGGGUCUUGGUGACGUUGAGAACCGGGGAGAUAUGCCACAACAGAUGGGGGACGCUUUGCCCGUGGUGGACCUUGGGGGACGACGCGUCCGGCAAGUGGCUGUUGGAGACUAUCACGUUUGGGCAGCUGGGCAUCGGAAGCACCGCCAGCGUGCGAAACAGCCCCAACACCCUGACCCUGGUGCCCAGCCAGCUCUUUGCCUCCCCGGAGCCCUGGGAGCUCGACGGCGUGCGCUUGGCCAGCGACGCCAGCGAGGCCCUGGAGCUCUCCUACAACGGCUCCUGGGGGCUCAUCUGCGACGAUGGCUGGGAUGAUGCUGCGGCCCGCGUCUCCUGCAGAGAUCUGGGCUUGGCUGGCGGCAAGGCCCUCUUCACGGAUUUCGACUCCUCGCGUGAUGGUGAGAUUUUGGUAGACGGCCUGACGUGUUUGGGCGACGAGGUGAGUCUCCGCAACUGCUCGUUCAAGGGCUGGAAGAAUCACGACUGUACUGCCCGGGAGAUGGCAGGUGUGCAAUGUCAACUGGACGCGUGGACACAGUACUCGGUCGUCGCGCCGGCCGGCCGCGAGGGUCACUCACUGGUGUGGGACGAUGAAACACAGUCUGCCUUCUUGUUCGGCGGCCAAGCAAGCCAUCGUUUCCAGUAUUUCUCCGACCUCUGGCGCUUAAGCUUUCCCUUUACCUGGGCCCAACUUUCCGCCGGGCCUCCCACAAGGUCAGGGCAUUCUGCAGUGUGGGACGCGGCAUCGCGGUCCAUGCUGAUCUUUGCCGGAAGGUAUUUGAGCACCUUUUACAACGAUCUCUGGCAAUACUUCACAGCCACGGACUCCUGGCAACCGUUGCAAGCCCUCCAUGGAAUCCCGUCCGCGCGCAUCGACCACACGGCAGUCUGGGACAUGGCCCACCGCGCCAUGUUCAUCUUUGCCGGCGAAGGCUCGGGUGGCCCGCUCAACGACUUAUCUCGCUACAGCUUGACAAGAAAUUCUUGGAGCACAUCAAGCGCCACCUCGCCAAGCCCCCGAAGCGGGCAUGCUGCGGUGUGGGAUCCCACCACCAUGUGCAUGCUGGUUUUUGCAGGGUGGACAGGUGCCGAAUACUUGGGGGAUCUCCACUUGUACAACUGGUGGACGGACCAGUGGACAGAGCUUCUGCCAACAUCAGGCGUCCCUUCUGCUCGCGGCGGGCACGCUGCCGCCUGGGAUCCACGCUCAAUGUCAAUGUUCAUAUUUGCUGGCACGCAAAACGACACCGGCGAGUUGUCCUAUGAUCGCGCGCUGUACAGGCACAGCCUUCUCUCGAACACCUGGGCGCAGCUCCCUGGUGAGGGCGGCCCUGUCGCGCGUGCGCAGGCGGCGAUGGCCUGGGGCAAAGGUUCCCAAGAGAGAUAUGGACUCUUGGUCUUUGGGGGCUUCAACACUCUGUACUUGGAGGACACCUGGAGGUAUGCGGCCUCCCCGAUGUCCACAGUGCCAGUAAUGAGAUGCCAGAUCGGGCAAGAUUGCACCUUGAAUUUUUCCGCUCCAGACAGCUCCCUGCACGCGGCCGCCCGCGUGACCGUGAAGCAGGCCUGCGUGGACCGCGAGGUUGUGCCCGGCUUGGCGAUUGCAGAGUUGGCGGAGGCAGACAUCCUGGAGCAUGGCUUCCGCGUGGGUUCGCCACUCUUCCUGCAGCCAGGCCAUCAUCGGCUCUGCGUGUGCCCAAACCAGGCAUGCAACCAGACGACAGACUUUUCCGAUGACCUUGGCGUUUUCAUCGUGGAGGGGCCCUUGCCCAAUCAGAGCAGGACUUGCUUUACCGGGGAAGACUGCGUUGUGCCGGUGCAGGGCAUUGGCAUGUCGCUGAACGACACCGUGAUGGCGUUGGCUCAGUGCGGUGGCUCCCUUGCGACAGCAAUCUUCGGUGAGCAGACGAUCUCGGUGAGUUUCGAUGAUGCCGCAGAUCGUUUCGUGGUGGACCUGGGCUUCGUGGAUGCGGCAAGUCGGCCAGACACCGUCCACCUCUGCUGGUGCCCCGCCGGCUGCGAGUGCUCGGUGCCGGAAGCGUUCCGCGCCACGGCGAUGCAGUUGCACGUUGUGUGCCCUCCUGGACAAUAUGAAGUUGAUGGUGCCUGCCAGCCAUGCGAGCCGGGCUUCUGGGUUCCGUUUGAGGGGGAUGUUGCCGGAGGCUCGUACUGCCCGGGUGGUGGGGGGUCUUUGCCCUGCCCGUCCUCCAGCUCCUCUUCGCCGGGCUCCAGUCAAAUUUCACAGUGCCUCUGCGAUCCUGCACAUUACUGGAGCACAGAAACAAGUGCCUGCAUCAACUGCCCUUAUGGUUCCACAACGCUCGAGCCUGGCGCAACAGCAUUGAGUUCGUGCACAUGCUUGCCGGGCUUCGUGAACCUGCAGCCAGAUAACCCAGCCAUUUGCGAAUGCGGCCCAGGGUAUGGCUACGACACGAGUCUCCGCAUUUGCGAGCCUUGCCAAAAAGGCACUUUCAAAGGCGUGCCGGGCAACCAAUUGUGCAGCGUCUGUCCCCGAGACCGGUCGACGCUGGAGGUCGGGUCCACCUCAUCCGCAGACUGCCGCUGCCAGCCUGGCUUGGUCGGGAUCGACAACUGCACGGAAUGCUUCGCGGACUUCUUCUGCCCCGGCACAGGAGAGGCCUUCGAGUGCCCAAACGGCGCAACUUCGCCAGCCGGCUCCACCUCGGCUUCGGCGUGCAUUUGCCGCCCAGGCUACCGGCUGCUGGAAUCGAUGUGUGAGCCUUGCCAAAGUGGCCGGUACAAGCUGGCGCCUGGCAACGCGACCGAAUGCCCCUUUCAGUGCCCAACGAACAGCGAAAGCGGAAUUGGUUCAACAAGCCUGGCUGAUUGUUACUGCAGCCCCGGCUAUUUCGCGGAGCAAGACGUGGCGGGUCAGCUCACCCGAUGCGCCACCUGUGCCGCGCAGGGGCAGCUUCGUUGCCUCGGCGGCUUCCAAACCAUAGGCAAUGAAUCAGUGCUUCACAUGAGGCCCAUCGCCGAGGCGGGAUUCUUCCAGACAGGCCGGGUUGUGGCCAUUAAAUGCCACGUCGAUGCCGGUGAGAACUUGAGCGUCUGUCGUGGCGGCGGGGCCUGUCUGGAGACGGAGAACCCGACGGUGAAUUGCGUGGGCAACUUCUCCAACGAGUGCGCAGAAGGCUCUACAGGCAUGCUCUGUGGCGAAUGCCCCAGUGGUUGGUCCAGGCAGGCCUUCCGACGGACCUGCCAGCCGUGUGACUCUUCACUUUUUGGACCCGGGUCCAGUAUUCUGGCUCAUGUGUCGUUGAAAGCUGCUCUGAGCCUCUUCGUGGCGUCCACGGCUGCCACGGCUGCUGUGCGCGGCAAUACCAAACUGCUGACCAGCAUGAUACGAAUUGGCCAGCAGUGGCUUGCUGCGUGCUCAGUCAUCGCGACCUUUGACUUGGGCCAGACCAGGAUCAUUAGCUUCUCGCAGCAGGAGCCCGACAACCUGGACUGGCCGAUAGCCGUCACCCAGGCUUUUCGUCGUCUGUACGAGGUGAUGGCGCUGACUCCCACGAUUGCCCCGGUGGAGUUCACAGUGCAAUGCGCGGCGCAGGAAGUUUCCGAUGGCCGUGGGGUUCAGGUCAUGGCCCUGGGCAUCUACUACCUCUGCCUCCCUGCCUUCGUGGUGGUGGCGACCAUCCUUGUCUGCGCCGCCGCGGUGUAUGUGCUUGUGCCCGUGGCCGGCCGCUACGGGCGCUCCUUCAACGAGGCCGCCAAGCGCAAGAAGAACAAGGAGAAGGAGGAGAAUGACAAGAAGAACAAGGAGAAGGAGGAGGAUGACAAGAAGAAGGCAUCGGAGAUCCUUGAGGCUGAAGUCGAAGUCUGCGAGGAGGCCGGGAUUUCUUUCGCGGAAGCUGGAGGAGACAGCGAGGCCGGCACGGGCCAGGCUUCGAUUCCCGCGCAGCCCAUCACAGAAGGGAGCGAUGACGAGGCCGACGAGGACGUCGAAGUGGACGAGGUCCUCGACGCGUUGGACUUUGGCCUGUUCACCGCCUGGCCGGAUCCUCGAAGUCUGAUCGUUCAGAGCCUGCCGGUCAUUUGGGUAAGCCUCGUGUCGCUUUGGCCAAGCCUCUUGUCGGGCUUCCUUCAGCUGAUGUGGUGCGUGCCCCUUCCAGAGGGCGACGACCAGAUUGUGAGUCGCUUGCUGCCCUCUCCGGACAUUGUGUGCGGUUCGCCGGAUCAUUCGCCUGCUGCGUGGCUGGCCAUCGCGGGCCUCAUCAUCUGGUGUUUGGGCACCCCGCUGGCGUUGGCGCUCCGCCUGGCUUUCGUGCGCGAUAGGCAGGCGCCCGACAACUUCAGGCAGUACGGCUACUUCAUCCAGGGUUUCGAGCCCGUGUACUGGUGGUGGGAUCUGCUGGUGAAGAACGCCGACGUGGGCCUGAUGAUGACCAUCACCUACACCUCCAUCGUGGAGGCCUUCGAGGCGAAGCUGCUGCUCUUCCCGGUGAUCUCAGGCGUGCAGCUCGCCACAGCAGCUUGGGUCAGGCCGUUCGCCAACGACCAAGCGCAGCUGCUUGAUGUCCUCGAGGUGAUGCUGUGCAGUGUGCGCUUCUUCCUUUUCAGCUCGAUUGCCGCGAUGCUCAUGCUGAACCCUCCACCGGUGGCGACGCACAGCAUCGCCGUCGGGCUGUUUGCCAUGAUCGCCCUUGCCUGCCUCUACCUGAUGAUCCAUGCCCUUGCGCAGUUCCUGCGUGAUUCAUCCAAGUCACGCCCGAAGAAGGGCCACCGCUUUUUGGUGCUGCUAGAUAACGUGCGACGGGCCAGCGUCAAUCGCGCGCUGAAGGUGGUGCAGCAGGCAGACACCGAGAAGAUGCUGGUGGAAUGGUCCUUCGAGAGCGAAGUGGUGACUGUGCGGCCUCCACGUUGGGCGGAGGUUUCCCGCCUCCGGCGCCUCUGGGGCUUCCUCCUCCGCUUCGGACCCUCCUUCCAACAAGCGAUCCUCCUGAAGGUGAUGGAAGAGUUCCACACCUUUCUGGCUGAGGCGAAUCAGACGAAGUUGCCGGGAAUGCCCGUGCUCUGUGCCCUGGCAACCUGCCAGAGGAGCCUUCCCCACCUCAUCGUCAAGAGUCGCAUGGCCGAGGUCUGGCUGAGAAAGCUCCGAUCCCUCGCCAAGAAACCGGGCUCAAACAACUGUAGCCCCGAGGACCUGGCGCGCGCGCUGACCCGCCUGCGCCAGAUGGUCUCUACCGAGGCGCUCCAUCUGGUGCAGGAGGCGGUCAUGCUCUUUCAGCGUGGUUUGCCUCAGGCGAUUGUGGCUGAGAGCGCUGAGCACGCUGCCCACGAUGAAAUUGGGGACGCUGGUAUGGUCCUUGCUGCCAGCGGCCUCGAGCAAGUUGAGCUAUCCUGA